UUUCAAGAUGGUUUUCGAACUAUUUUCGUAAAUAUCUUUGGACAAAAACUAGAAAUUAACAAAAUUCCAGUGGAUUAUAAAAAAACCAGCGCAGAAAAAUUACAAAUGGGCGCGUACGUCCGGACGAGCCGGUUAGAGCGACUAAUAUAAAUUUAAUUCGCCGGGAUGCCCGAUGUCGAGGUCGAAAAACGCAAGCGCACACCGAUUAUCUUAGGCGAUUUAUUCAACGUUUGGGUCACUUUCGGGCGUACUUCAACUUCAGUUUCGUCGUACGGCGCACGUACGUAACACUCGUAACAUAACUAAAUUCCUGUGAGUAAGUGCGAAAUUUCUAAUCCGCUUGAAAAGUGUGCCGCCGGAACCGGAGUGAGAGUGACUGAAGCAGCCCCCCGAAAAUGAAGGAAUACACGCAAGUUACGAUGCCGAAUUACUCGUAUAUGUUCAAUUUCGAAUCGGAUUUCAUUCAUCAGAAAACCCGCACGUGGAUGCAGGAUAACUGGACGCUGGGGUUUUAUUAUUGCGGUAUUUACAUGGUGCUCAUAUUCGGCGGACAGUAUUUAAUGCAGAACCGACCCCGAUUCGAAUUGCGAGGCGUUUUGGUCUUGUGGAACACGCUGCUAGCCACUUUUAGUAUAAUGGGUGCUUGUAGAACGGUGCCAGAGUUCUUCCAUACGUUAACCCAGCACGGAUUGUACCAUUCCGUAUGUAUUCCAUCGUUUAUCGAACAGGAUAAGGUAUCCGGUUUCUGGACGUGGAUGUUUGUACUUAGCAAGCUUCCAGAAUUAGGAGACACUAUUUUCAUAGUACUUAGAAAACAGCCACUUAUUUUUCUACAUUGGUACCAUCACAUAACCGUGUUGCUGUAUUCCUGGUUCAGUUAUACGGAAUACACGGCCAGCGCCAGAUGGUUUAUCGUGAUGAACUAUUGCGUACACUCGGUGAUGUACUCGUACUACGCCUUGAGGGCUAUGAGAUAUAGCCCUCCGAGGCAAAUUGCCAUGCUAAUUACCUCGCUGCAAUUGAUCCAAAUGAUCAUCGGCUGUGCCGUGAAUUUGUGGGCCCGGCAAUUGCUCCAACAGCAACAGGAAUGCCAGAUUACUCCGUUUAACAUUAAAUUAUCGAUCACUAUGUACUUUAGCUAUUUCGUACUGUUCGCCAGGUUUUUCUAUAAGGCCUACAUGUCGGGCGAAAGGAGAUCGAAGACGAGAAAUGCACCUGUCACUGCGGAUUAUCCAUUACUUAAGUCGAAAGUGCAGUAAAUUUUUUUAUCUAUUUUAUUAGUUUAUAUGCCUGCAUUCCGAAAACUUUUGAUCGAUGCUUCAAAUUCAUAAUUUUUCUAUGAGAAUGUACAAAUUUCCGGUGGCUGAAUUUAUCUAUAAUUAGUCGUUAUUUAUCAAUUUUUUGGUUACUAAAUAUUAUUUAAUAAAUUUUGGUGAUAGGUCCUCGAAAUGUUUGCUGGAAAACCAAACAUACUUGCGUUACGUAUUGUCGUGUAAAACAUUCAAAUGGAACCAAUUAAUUGGAAUUUAAACGAUUACAUUUUUUCUGAAUAAUCAUUAUUAAAUUUAACGUUAAAUUUGUUUCGAGAAAGGCCUUGUUUAUAUUUGAUUAAUGCUAUUGUUCCAAUUCUAUUGUUGAGGGAAAACUGUUUGCAAAAUUAAUGAUUCUCGAACUUUUGAAUUUUCAUUGUAGGCAUUAUGUGUAGAUCGUUGCUUCAAAUUCAAUUAAAAUCGACAAGUAAUGGAUAAUUACGACGGUUUCACGUUUGAAGUUGCUGCUCGGUCAGACAUUAAUAAUUUAUUCCAACAUUCAUAUUUUAUUUCUAAAAUCAAAUGUCAUGGAAUUGGAAUGAUUAAGUAUAAAUGGCGCCAUUCACGAGCACACCGAUUGGAAUGAUUCCUUUGGAUAGUGUUCAAAUGGAUUGCUGGGCCAAUAGAGAGAAAUUCACUAAUGGAUACAGUUUCUCACACUCAUAGAGAUAUUUUGGACUGGUACCACUCCAUUUGCCCGUUUGGAGUGCUCGUGAAUGGCGGCCUUAAGAUUAGUCCUGCCGGUGUAAUAGUAAACAAACACUCGCCGUCAGAAUAUAAUUACUAAAAUUAAGCAUAUUUUAAUAUAAUUAUUUAACAACCGGCCAGUUUUAUUAAAGUAAUCACAUAAAUUAAUGUUCAUGUAUAAAUUGCAUUAAUUGAUCGAUUAAUUUGUAAAAUUAAUACCGUAAUUAUAAUUU